GGAAGGGAAGCAGGGACAGACUGUUAUAAAAGCUAGGGGUGCUGGAGCCCACAGCCGCAGGCUCCCAUCUGGGGUCCCAAACGCUCUGCAGCCAUGUCCACCCACCGCCUGGUGAUCGUGCGUCACGGGGAGAGCACAUGGAACCAGGAGAACCGCUUCUGUGGCUGGUUCGACGCGGAGCUGAGCGAGAAGGGCGCUGAGGAGGCCAAGCGGGGCGCCCUCGCCAUCAGGGAUGCCAAGAUGGAGUUUGACAUAUGCUACACCUCGGUGCUGAAGCGGGCCAUCCGCACACUCUGGACCAUCCUGGAUGGCACCGACCAGAUGUGGCUGCCUGUGGUUCGCACCUGGCGCCUCAACGAGCGGCACUACGGGGGCCUCACCGGCCUCAACAAGGCAGAGACAGCUGCCAAGCACGGUGAGGAGCAGGUGAAGAUCUGGAGGCGCUCUUUUGACAUCCCACCGCCCCCCAUGGAUGAGAAGCACCCCUACUAUACCACCAUCACCAAGGAACGUCGGUACGCAGGCCUGAAGCCUGGAGAGCUGCCCGCCUGUGAAAGCCUGAAAGACACCAUUGCCCGGGCCCUGCCCUUCUGGAAUGAGGAGAUUGCCCCCCAAAUCAAGGCUGGCAAGCGAGUGCUCAUUGCUGCCCAUGGCAACAGCCUUCGGGGCAUCGUUAAGCACCUGGAAGGAAUGUCCGACCAGGCCAUCAUGGAGCUGAACCUGCCCACGGGCAUCCCCAUCGUGUAUGAGCUGGAUGCAGGGCUGAAGCCCACCAAGCCAAUGCAGUUCCUGGGGGACGAGGAGACGGUGCGGAAAGCCAUGGAAGCCGUGGCAGCCCAGGGCAAGGCCAAGUGAGCGGUGGGCUCUGGGCAAUAAAGUGACUCCCUGCA